AUGUUUUCUUCUACAGUUUCUAGAACAUCUCAAAAAUUAUUCACUCGCCAAACUCGUAGUAUGAUCACUGCACAAGCUGUUAUCUUCUCUAAACAUGGAGAACCAAAGGACGUUUUGAAAACCCACACAUACCAAAUCGAUGAUGAAAACAUCCCAGAAAAUUCAAUUGUGUUAAAAACGCUCGGAUCACCUGUCAAUCCUUCAGAUAUCAAUCAAGUUCAAGGUGUGUACCCUUCUCAACCGGAAAAGACCACUGAAUUGGGAACAGAUGAACCAUCUGCUGUUGGAGGAAAUGAAGGAUUAUUUGAAAUUAUCGGAGUUGGCUCCAAAAUUAGCAACUUCAAAGUUGGAGAUUGGGCAAUUCCAGCAAAUGUCUGUUUUGGUACAUGGAGGACGCAUGCUGUGACCACUGAAGAUCAACUUACUAAAUUAAACAAUCCUAGUGAUUCAAAGGCAUUGGGUAAAAAAUCAGGAUUAAGUGUUAAUCAAGGUGCUACAAUUUCGGUAAACCCACUUACCGCUUACUUGAUGCUCACACAUUACGUUAAAUUGGCUCCUGGUAAGGAUUGGUUUAUCCAAAAUGGUGGUAAUUCCGCAGUUGGGAAAUACGCAUCUCAGAUCGGUAAGUUAUUGGGAUUCAACUCAAUUAGUGUAGUUAGAGACAGAGACGAUUUGGAUUCAUUGAUCAAUGAGUUGAAAAAUGAGUUGGGUGCUACGCAGGUAAUUACGGAAGAACAAAACAGUCUGAAAGAUUUUGGCCCUACCAUUAAAGGUUGGGUAAAGGAAACCGGAGGAGAAGUUAAGUUAGCCCUUAACUGUGUAGGUGGUAAAAAUUCUACUGGGGUUGCUCGUAAAUUGAGUAACAAUGGGUUAAUGCUUACUUAUGGUGGUAUGUCUAUGCAACCAGUUACUAUCCCAACUUCGUUGCAUAUUUUCAAAAAUAUCACUUCUGCAGGAUUCUGGGUCACUGCGUUAUUGAAGGGAAACCCUGAAUUAAAGAAAAAGACUUUAGAUCAGAUUGUUAGCUGGUAUGAGAAUGAAGAAUUACUCGAUGCUCCAUCCGUUGAAACUGCUUUCGAUGCAACAAAGGACGAUCUUGCUCAGUUGUAUAAAAAUGGGAUCGAAAACAGUAAGAAGGGAAAGCAAUUAAUUGUGUACUAG